AUGGCCCAGAACGAUACACUGCGUAGCCCGCUGCACGAGUCAGUUUCAGGGGCAUUUGGAUCUACAACUCGCAAUGAUGGCGUUUACCACCCAUCCACAAAAACCGCACUCCCUGAUGACGGCCUCUAUCAUCCAAUGAGAUAUGCUGGUUCACAAAAUUUACCUACCGUGCCAAACAACGUCGCUUUUCAUGUGGAGCCACAAACGAACGUUGCGACCGAAACAACCUCAGCUUGGAAUGGUGUCCCCAAAGUACCAUUCCCACUAGCAACUACUCAAUCCUUGACCACGACUCUGCCUUCUGCGCAGGAGACUUCAUUCAGCAGAGAAAAUCAGCCCACAUUUUCUUCAACUGCCACAGCAGAGGCCGGGAUACCACGGCAAUCAGCCACUCUUCCAUCGAUUCCAGCCGACACAGAACAACCGGACAAAUCGCAUGUUUACGCUAUCAUCAGCGUGCUGGCUGUCACAUGCCUGAUCGCAUUCUUUGUUCUUAUCUGGCUGCGCAAGCAAAAGAAGAAGAGGACGGAAAUCCUCUUGCGCUUUCAUGAUCAAUACAAACCUCCGUCGGACACCUCCAGUCUGGAUGGCGAGCAACUCAAAAAGAUCUUAUCGAACAUCAAAACCAGAAGUACUCUUUCCUUUGAAACAGUAAUUAGAUCGGCGCGCAAGGAGCCAAGUGACGAUAUCGGCACAUGGGCCACCAAUUGGAUGACAGAAGCUCCCAAGCGAAUUUCCGACUCUCGCAAUGCGCAUCCACAAACAAGUCGCAGAGGCCUUGCUUGCAAGGACGCGAGCAAGCUGAUACCGCAAGCCAAAGAAACAACUUUCGCUGUUUGGUAUGCCAUUUCUAGCAAGUUCAAGAAGCGUGAAACUCGAAGAACUCAUCCAGGUCCGCGUGAAUCACGGACAAGUGGUAUAUGGUCCGCGACGAUCAAUAGCAGCGCUGAAACAUUCAUAUCCCCACUUUCCUUGACGGACAGCUCGCACUAUAUAUUCAAGUUUCCUCAACCGCCAACACCAGCAGUCCUGCCAAUACAAGAACACUCCGUGGAUCCACUCUGUCUGAGAGAAGUACUUUCUGCUGGAGAUGAAAAAGUGGACCAGUUGAGUGUUUCUAAUGGAAGUUCCUGCACGGACCUCAGGCCCCAGUUAUCAACCACGAGUCUGUUCCGCAGAGAUGUAUAUCACGUCGAUAUGAAAUACGAGUCUCGAAAUGGGAGUCAGUUGAGCCUUGAUGAGGGCCAAAAUGUUAUCAUAACUCAGAUCCUCGAUGAUGGUUGGGCAUACUGUCAGGUGGUUGGAAGCAAGAAAGAGGGGCUUGCCCCCCGUGCAUGUAUCUCUGCUUGGCCGGUAAAACGGGUGAUUACUCCACCGACUCAAGCAGCAAAGCCCGGUUAUUCACCACCCCGGACACCAAUAUCGCCAGUAUCCUGGGCCCAACCGCGCUUUUACGCCUAUUAG